UAUGGUUUGUUGGGGCCGAGCGGUUGCGGCAAAACAACACUAUUGCGGUGUAUUAUCGGCCGAAUAAAGCCAGACCAGGGGUAUGUCCGUAUAUUUGGCUACCAACCCAACGAACCGGGCAGUCAAAUACCAGGCCCGGCGGUCGGCUAUAUGCCACAGGAAAUCGCGGUCUACGAUGACUUCACUAUCGAAGAGACUCUUCUCUACUUCGGAAGACUUUACAGACUUAACCCCAGGUUUCUGAAGGAGAGGAUAGAGUUUUUGUUGGCAUUCCUCGAUCUGCCCAAUAAGACCCGAAUGGUUAUGAAUUUAAGUGGCGGUCAGAAAAGGAGAGUUUCAUUAGCGGCAGCUUUAGUCCAUUCGCCACCACUUCUCAUACUCGACGAGCCCACUGUGGGCGUAGACCCAUUGCUCAGACAGAGCAUUUGGCAACAUUUAGUAACAUUGACCCAAUCCGAGAGAAUAACUGUAAUCAUAACAACCCAUUACAUAGAGGAGGCCCGACAGGCAAAUGUGGUCGGACUCAUGAGACACGGAAGACUUCUGGCAGAGAACUCACCCGAAGAACUCAUGUCUCAAUACAACUUGACUACACUGGAAGAUGUCUUUUUGAAGUUAUGUAUGACUGAUAUGUCUCUCAAAGCCGCCUCUCUGGCCAACACCACUGGUCUACAGCCACUCAGUGUAACCGAAACCCCCAAUAGUCACACACUUCAUCCACAUUAUCAUCUAAUGGCCACAAAUGGAGAUCUCAAGAACGGUCUUAAGUUUCCUUCAGUAUUUUCACUGUACAACGGAAAUAAUGAGACGAGUUAUACACUACCGCCGACUCCAACCCCCGUGCGAUCCAACAAUAAUACCUCGACCACACAACUGGUUGAAGAGGACGGCCUAUUCAUUAAUCCCAUAUCAUUGGGAACGAUGUCCAGGGGAGCCAAAUAUGAUUUAAGAAGACUGGACGCCAGCGAAUAUUUCUCGACCACAAUGGCUGUCACGUGGAAGAACUUUACGAGACUCAGGAGGAAUGUGCCUCUCCUCUUAUUUCAGUUCGCAUUGCCUGCCAUUCAAGUGAUCCUAUUCUGCAUCUGCAUCGGCGCCGAUCCCUUCAAUAUUAAUGUGGCGAUUGUUAACGAAGAGUUCCCUCCAUUCCUCAGCAGAAUAUUUUUGGACAAAAUCAAUCCACGUCUCGUUAAUCAGUACAAUUUUAGUUCCUUUGACGACGCGAUCAACGCUGUCAAGAGGGGAGAGAUGUGGGGAGUUUUGAAUAUUCCGGAAAAGUUUAGUAUGAGUCUACAGAGAAGGAUGAUAUUAGGCGAAGAUGUGGACAAUAUAACCAUUGAAGGCAGUACUAUAAGGAUAUAUCCAGACCUCACCAAUCAACAAAUUUCAUACACAAUGGAGCGGACAUUCAGGGAAGCAUUCCAGGCGUUUGCAAAGGACACCCUCAACAUACUCGGCCGCAAUCCAGCCUUAGCUGAACUUCCUAUAGCCUUGGGAACUCCUGUUUAUGGAGAAGCUGACCAACAAGGGUAUCUAGAAUAUAUGGCACCGGGAGUUGUAGUAAGCAUUUGCUACAUUAUGGCCACUGGACUCACAGCUUUGGCUUUUAUUAUCGAAAGAAGAGACGGUUUGUUUGAGAGAAGUCUUGUGGCGGGAGUGGACACACUUCAGAUUCUGGUGGCACAUGCAAUGGUCCAGAUAUUUGUGAUGGUUAUACAAAUCAUUUUGGUUCUUGUCUUCACAUUCCUCGUGUUUGACAUUCCAAGUCGGGGUCCAUUUGUUUGGGUCAUAUCACUAUUACUCCUUCAGGGAGCCACUGGAAUGGCAUUUGGUCUGGUGGUGUCAGCCCUGUGUCAACAGGAGAACACAGCAGUGAUGAUGAUUUUGGGCACAUUUUAUCCAAAUCUCAUUUUAAGCGGUAUAAUAUGGCCGUUGGAAGCGAUGCCAUAUUGGAUCCGAUGGUUCAGUUAUAUUCAGCCGCAAACACUGCCCACAGAAACCUUGCGACACGUACUCUCCCGGGGCUGGAGUCUAGAGGAGUCCGGUAUAUGUGGCGUACGAGACGAUGGAUAUGGCAAUGACUGUGAAGACAUCGAUUUUGAUGUCAAAUAUCAUAAAACAAAGGAUUGCGGUAAAGACGAGCUC